CAGGAGGCGCCGCGGCUAAGGCCCCCCAAUGCGUGCUUCGGCGCUGCCUGUGUGCGCGCGCCGGGCAGCACGGGCAGCCCGCGCAGCCCUCAGCGGCCAAGAUGGACGACGAGGAGGAGACGUACCGGCUGUGGAAGAUCCGCAAGACCAUCAUGCAGCUGUGCCACGACCGCGGGUACCUGGUGACCCAGGACGAGCUGGACCAGACGCUGGAGGAGUUCAAGGCGCAGUUCGGGGACAAGCCCAGCGAGGGCCGACCCCGUCGCACCGACCUGACCGUGCUGGUGGCUCACAACGAUGAUCCCACUGACCAGAUGUUCGUGUUCUUCCCCGAGGAGCCCAAGGUGGGCAUCAAGACGAUCAAGAUGUACUGCCAGCGCAUGCAGGAGGAGAACAUCACCCGGGCACUGAUCGUGGUGCAGCAGGGAAUGACCCCCUCGGCCAAGCAGUCCCUGGUUGACAUGGCUCCCAAGUACAUCUUGGAGCAGUUCCUGCAGCAGGAGCUUCUCAUCAACAUCACGGAGCAUGAGCUGGUGCCAGAGCACGUGGUUAUGACAAAGGAGGAGGUGACAGAGCUGCUGGCCCGGUACAAACUGAGGGAGAACCAGCUCCCCAGGAUCCAGGCUGGGGACCCUGUGGCUCGCUACUUCGGGAUAAAGCGUGGCCAGGUAGUGAAGAUCAUCAGGCCCAGCGAGACAGCGGGCAGGUACAUCACCUACAGACUGGUGCAGUGACACAGUGGGUGUGAGGAGCUGGGUGGCUCCCACCAGCAGUUCACAGGCUCUUGGAGAUUCCUGCACUUCAGAGAUGGCCAAGGAAAUCCAAGGAAAUUCCCACAUUGCCUCUCUGCAGCCCCGUCCCUGGGCCUCAUUCCUUGUCUUCCAGCUUGGACUUUGUGGUGACCCCUCAGUCCCAUCCAGGACUCAGCCAUGGAGACCUGAAGCAAUGGGAGAAAACGAGUGGGAAAGCCUUUUGCUUCCCUGUUUUCUGGGCUCUUGUUUGAAAUAAAGGUUUGUACCCUCA